AAAAAAAAAUACACUACAAUUUCAGCAGAUUCAUCAGCCAUGUACCACCAGCACAUGGGCAGUGUGUACAUAGCGGAUGGGUUUACAGAUGACUGUGAUGAGCUCAUACAUCGGUGUCUUGAAGCUGGGACUGUCACCUUUGAGAUAUUCUCCGAAGUAUGGAAAAGUAUGCAAAUGUCCUGUAUAUUUCGUAACAGAUCUUCAGGGGCAGAAAUAGCCGAGUUAACAGAGGAAGUCAUACACAUUGCCAAAAAUUAUAUGUUAGCUGAUACUAGCAAUUUUGAGGAAUCAGUAGUAGGCCUGUUUCUCGUCUACAGCCUACUAAAUCUGCAGCCUUAUGCCAACUUCGCGCAUCUUCGAAUAGUCCAGGAAGAUCUACCGGCCAUACAAAGGAUAGAAGUUGUAGCCAGACGGGAUCGGAGGCAGGAUGUGCUUUAUAUCCUCGGGUCUGUCCUUAUACAAGGCCCUGUGCAGUAUCAAGCUGUGCUUAGAGAAAGGGGCAUGGAAUAUCCCAUCAGAAAAUACUUAGAAGGAUAUGGCAGUAUGGACAAGAAGGGCGCUCGACCUAAAGGAGUAUUCUACCGUCAGAACACAGAGCUGGACCUGUUGAAAGAACUGAAACAACUAACGAUAAGAUACUGUAAUGCUAAAGAAAAUAUUACUGGUGUAAAACCUGAUGACCUGAACUAUGUGGACCCUAACUUCGCCAUAGACUUGGACACAAGUCUGAGGAACGUCAUCAGCGGGAUAUACGAUAACGAUGAUCGUGAGGUUGAUGAUGUUAACGAUGCUGACUCCACCACCAGUACUGAACUAGUUAAAAGUAUUAAGAAGAAGGCAAUGGAAGCCAAGGUAAAGCCUUUACGACAUCGAAUGGAUGUUGCGGCCAGAUCACAUCAACAAGCAACAGAAGUAAAGAAGACAUCAAACCCUAAAACUUACAGAAACCCUAAGAAUAAAGCCAAAAAGCGGGUCAGGAAAGAAGGAAAUAAUUCUGACGAUAGUGACUACACAGUCAAAAAUGAUUCUGAGGAAGAUAUAGACAAUGAUAUCCUAGACCUAGCUGCAUUCAACCAGCCUACUACUGAAGCUGUGGAUAUACAAAUAGACUCUCUUCCAGAAAUAAAUCAAAAUGAAGACCAAAUGCAGACAUAUGAAAUUGAAAUUAUUGAUCAUUUAAAUCAGCCCUCACCAUCAUCUGCCUCAGGCAGCCCUGAUAAUACAACUAAUCAAGAAGUAUUCAAAGAUAAAAGGGACUUAAAAAAGACUAUUUUGAAAUCUAGGUUCAAACGGAUGGGGAUGUUACCUGUUGCUAACUUUGAUACUACUAGGGAAAAAUAAAUAAUUUAAAAAUAGUAAGUACCUAGAAUGUUUUGAGGCUGAUAAAUGUCUGUUCGCAAUUGGCAACACUGUGAUUUUUGUUACUUUUUAGUGUAAAACUAAAG